CAAACUGGCGAUAAGCAACUUUACAGUUGUUGCUAGUGCGGUUUUAUGAAACUUGCAAGCACUUAUGUUUUUGAGAAUUUGUGCAAGGAUAGCAAUAAACAGUCUUUCAUUUUUCAUCUGAUUACCUAGAAGCCUGUGUGAAGGAAUCCUCCAGGAUGAGUGACCCGGACUUUGAAGAGCAGCUUCGUCAGGAGCAGCUGGAGAAGGAGAAGACCGAGGUGGACCGGGGGACCUACACAGAUGAGGAUGGGACUGUGUUUGAGUGGGAUGCCCAAAAGAAGGCAUGGUUCCCCAAGAUUGAUGCUGACUUCAUUGCCCAGUACCAACUGAAUUAUGGAGGACCACCCGCUGAGGACACAGCGAAGGAAGGAAAGAAGGACGAUGGCAAGACAGAAGAGGAAAAGAGAAAGGAAUAUGAACAGUAUUGUAAGGACUACUACAACUACUAUGCCGACUACUACAAUCAGCAGAGUGGGGAGAAUGGCAACAAUGAUGAGGAGCAGAAAGAAGGGGAAGCUGUUGAUGGUCAAGGGGGAGAUAACUCUGCCAAGGGAGACAACUCUAAGGAGGAACCUUAUUCUUAUGAUGACUAUUUUGAAUAUUAUAAAUAUUACUAUGGAGAAAAUUCUGGAGAAGGACAGAGUGGAGAGGGAGAGAAAGAAGAUGAAAAAGUGGAAGAAAAGAAGGAAUCAGAUAAACCAAAGGCCGGAGAGAAGAGGAAAGAAGGCUGGUUUGAGCAUGACAGUGAGAAGAGCGCACAUGUGUACGUGUCCAACCUGCCCCUGGACAUCACGGACGAGGAGUACAAGGAGCUGAUGAGCAAGUGCGGGCUCAUCAUGCACGACCCCGGCACCAGGAAACCCAAGCUGAAGCUGUACCGGGACCACAACAGGGAGCCCAAGGGGGACGGGCUCUGCUGCUACAUCAAGCAAGAGUCUGUUGAACUUGCCCUGAACAUCCUAGACGGGUCCGAGGUCCGAGGUCACAAGAUAUCCGUAGAGAGGGCCCAGUUUCAGAUGAAGGGACAGUACGAUCCUUCAAAGAAGAGGAGAAAACUCACCAAUAAGGACAAGCGGAAACUAAAGGAAAAGCAAGAAAAGCUGUUCGACUGGAGACCUGAGAAAGAAGACGCGAGGUUGAAAUGUGAAAAAACUGUAAUCCUGAAGAAUAUGUUUGAUCCUAAGGAGUUUGAGGAAAAUCCCAUGGUGAUUAAUGAACUGCGGGAUGAUGUCAGGUUGGAGGCUGCCAAGUUCGGGGAAGUCAAGAAAGUCACUGUGUUCGAUCGUAACUCUGAUGGAGUGAUCUCGGUGAAGUACAAAGAGGCGGAGGAGGCAGAUAAGUGUAUCGCUGGACUCAAUGGCCGCUGGUUUGCCCAGCAGAGAAUCAUUGCAAGUGCCUGGGAUGGAGUCACAAAAUAUGAAAUCGAGGAAACCGAGGAAGAAAGGAACGCAAGACUCCAAAAGUGGGAAGGUUUCUUAAAUAUAGGUGCUUCGACCAGUUCUUCCCCUGGUGCUUCUUCCUCAGUCACAUCAGAUUCUGCAGCUUCAUCAACAGUUGCCAUGGAUACAUCAUCAGUUCCUGCUAUGACAUCAUCAGUCUCUGCUGUUACAUCAUCAGUUCCUGCUGUGACAUCAUCAGUUCCAGCAGAGACCAAGAGUAAAGACAGUGGGGAAAAGGUUGAGGGUGGAGGGAAAGAGGGGGACAAGGAGGAGGAGGAAAAGGAGGAGGAGGAAAUGGAGGACGAGGGUGAGGAAAAGGAGGACACGGGUGAGACGAAGGAGGACGAGGGUGAGACGAAGGAGGACGAGGGUGAGGCGAAGGAGGACGAGGGUGAGACGAGGAAGGAGGGCAACACUGAGAAGACCAGUAGCUGAUAGAGAUAAUGCCAGAGGAUUUCUGAUAUGCUGUAUUUCAUAUGAAAUGAAAAUUAUGUUCAACAAAAUGAAAUGAUAAUUCUGAGGAUAACUUGUUACAGUGUGUAACAGUAUGGGUUUUGCUACUGGUAUACUUCUCAACAAAGAUUAAUAACCAGUAGUAUGAUACAUUGUUUUCAUGUGAACCACAAUCAGCCAGGCAGUUGUUGGGGUUACUUAUCACAUAUAAUGUCAACUUUAAUCGUCAAUCAUGGGAAUGGUGCGGUCUUUCAAUUUUGACUGUUCUGUGCCCCAUGUGGAACUGGGAACUGUCUCACAUUGAUUGGUCAGGGGGAACUCCAAUUAUCAGCCAGAACAACGAUUUUAAUUGAUUUAAUAUUUAGGAUAUGGGUACAAUGAUGACCUGAAACCUUUCUAGACUUAGAAUGACCAGACUGGUUGUUGAUAAGAUUACAAUUCCUAAUUGUCAGAAACGAUAAGUAUUCUAAGCAUAUUUGCAGUUCUGACUAUAUUGACGUAAAUAUGCCUAUCUAUAUGAGUCCGACGGACAACCUGAUGUCUCAUGUUCUGCAUACAAGCGCAUUGUUUUGCUGUUAAUUGUGUCUACACACUGGAAAGUAUCAUGUCUUAUGCAGGAGUUAAAACAUCAUGUACUGUUCCGUUUCAACGAGUUGGAGGAGGGAAGUAAUGGUUUUUAAACAGCAGCAUUUUUGUUGUUGAGGUUGUUUGGGUCUGUAAUUCUGUAUGGUGAAGCAGUAAUCUUGACAGCCCCUGAACCACAUUAUUUUCCCUUCCACCCAGCCCAACUGUAAUGAUAUAUCCAGAAAUGAAGCAAGUCUAGAUUUUCCACAGAAUCUCCAUCUCAGUGAGGCUCCUUUUCAAUUUUUGUAGGUGCUUGUUUUUAUCAAAAAUAUAUAUUUUCAGAAACUGAGCGUUAGCCUAGUGAAGCAGGUGUAUGUGAAGAUGUAAUUGUUACAUGAACUUUCAGAAUUUUAUACACACAUAGUAAAGGAAUUUUAUGUAUAUUUUGUAUUUAGUAGCAAUUGUAGACAGGUCAUGAAUAUAUACUCCUUAAAAGAAGCUAAGUAACUCGCAUGACAGAUUAACUGUAGUAAUAUGAAAGAAUCAGGUGCUCUUAACUUCAUUUGAGUAAUACAUCUUUGUAUUUGUAACAGGACACACAGCCAUUUGUUUUUUAUUGUGCGUGAGUUAGAUUUCACUCAGACUCCAGUGGUAUAGACAAGUGUUCACUGGUUGGCUAGAGACCAGUGUUAGUCCCAUUAAUAGGUACAGACGGUGUGUUAAGUCUGUCUCCGUGUCCCCUGCUGGUACAGUGAUAAAGUCAGUGCAAACCACACUCACGGACUGCUGAGGAGAGGGUAGGGAAUAAAUGAGUGUAUUCUUAGGAUUAAAUCAUAUCACUGUGUUUAACCAUUUAGUCUCACAAAAUAUGCUGAUUAAUAAAUUGCAAAUAAGGCAUGUGUGACAUUGAAAGGGAGUAAUUAGUGCCACAAUGCUACAUACUAUCAUGAACAGUUAUAAAAUGAUUACAGUGCCGUAGCCAGCCGGAGGGCAGGGAGGGCUGUUGCCCCCCCCCCCUGGAUUUUUUAUAGAAAACAUUUUUCCUUGGGAAAGUUAACUUGAAUAAGAAAUUAAUAAUCUUAUUUGCCCCCCACUGUAAAAAAAGUUAACUACGGCCUUGGAUUAUUUGUAUGAAUGUUUAUUUCUAAUGGUCUUGGGGCUCAUGUUCUUCAGUGUUCAACAUAAGCACCCUGAAAUGUUGAAUGCACAAAUCAGUUGUGUCUCGAGAUUCAAUCGGUACAGCAUCUACUAUCAAGGGCCCCAGGACCCCCCUUUUUGUCAGUUAUUGGGAUGUAUCCUACUCAUUAGAAGUAUAUUAUGAUAUACAUAUUUUGUUGAAGGAGAUUCCUAUAGUAUUAGGAAUUGUACUAAUUUAAUUUUGGAAAACUUUAUUUUCGACAUGAUUUGUUUGUUGUUUAACGCCGCACUCAGCAAUAUUCCAGCUAUAUGACGGCGGUCUGUAAAUAAUCGAGUCUGGACCAGACAAUCCAGUGAUUGACAUCAUGAGCAUUGAUCCACGCAAUUGGGAUCGAUGGCAUGCAUCAACCAUGUCAGCGAGCCUGACCACCCGAUCCCGUUAGUCACCUCUUACGACAAGCAUAGUCGCCUUUUACGGCGAGCAUGGGUUGCUGAAGACCUAUUCUACCCCGGAUCUUCACAGGUCUUUUUCAAUUACAAAGUUUAUUUGGCACGACUGCAGUUUACCUGGCACAACAUAUGGUGCAUAAGGCUCUUGCUUUACUGAUCUUGUGGGCCUCUUCAAUCCUUAGGGUUUGUUGUGUUCGGGUUAACCCAAAGUCUAUCCUUAGGCUUGAACCCCUUUUCUGGUCAUUACGAUUAGGUACCACUUUCUGAUCGAACACCCCUUCUCAAUCCUAAGGGUUGGGUACCACUUGCCAAUCAAACAUCCCUUUACAAUCCAUAGGGUUAGGUACCCAUUUAUGAUCAUUUGGGUUAGUUGUGAGUUAGGGUAUGGGUUAGCUAUCUCAGCCAUUUUUACGAAUUAAUCCAAUUUCAGUACAAAGUCUGUACAAAUGUUAUUAUGUUGCAAGUUUUGCUGAGAAAAAUGGCAAAGUGGAUUCAAUUAACUCAUUAGCCUAGAUUAGCUUUGUGAGUUUGGCCCGACUGUGCCGUGCUAACUGAAAUCGCAAACAAUGCGCCUGGUAAAGUGAAGUACUCCCUUUAUUUUUUUCAAUCUUUUUUUUAAAGCCGUCAUCAGUGAGAAAUUAGGGCAAUAUUAUUUUGAUUAUUUUGUCAUGUUUCUGUAGCCCUCAGGUUAAAAGAUUGGGAUGGAUGAUAGCAUUAAAUAAAACAAUCAUUUAUUUGUCCAUUACCGUUUAUAUAUGCAUAUUUUCUGUACAUUUUUGUAAUUGAAAAUUAUUUUUUUUUUUGUGGAAGUUGUAAGAAUAGGGUCAAUUUGGUGACGAGAUAUCUGAAAGAAUUCUUCAUGUUUUGUGUGAAUCUAAACAGUUGCCAAGGGCACUGCUUCAGAAGCAAGUUAUCAAACUUGAUGUUAUCAUGGUUAUAAAUGAUUAGUUUUCCAUGUUAUCCAUCUACUGUUAAGGAAGAUAUAAAAAAUAUCUAAUUUGAUGAUGUUUUGAAUGUAAUGCACAUUUUGCAUUUUGAAUAAUAAAUUGUUUCCAACUUU